AUGACCCAGAAAAGUUUAAGAACUGCUAUAGAUAAUUUUAAGACAAUAUCACAAACACAAGCUAGAGAGCACUUGAAGGAAAAACUCACCCCGCUCAGUGACAACCACUGGACCAAAGGGACGGCCCGGCCUGCAGGAACGAAACGUCUGGACUUCUACUGUAUUCUCGGCAAACAGCCUCCGCGUGAGUUCCACCCUGCCCUUAGACUGGCUGGACGGGCACGGAGAAGUGCUAGAAGCCCAAAGUCGCAGGAGCGGGUCACCUGCCAGCGAGGUAGGAGGGGCUUGGCUCUGGGCCGCUGGGACGCGCUCCGCCCGGCGGGCGUCCUGGAGGUGGCGGCGCGGGCCGGCAGGCGGGGCCGGGGGAAGGGGAGGGCUCGGCGAGCGUCGGGCGGUGACGGCAGCGCGGAGGGGAGGUGCGAAGCGCCCGCCCGCCGAGAGCCAUGGCGAGAGGCCGCGGCGCGGCACCCGCAUCAGUGCCCCGGUCCACAGCAGCGCCCCCGCCCGCCGCCCUGGGGCCCACCCGGCCGCCGCCCCCGCGCACCCAGAGCCCCUGACGGCCGCGCGCUACGAGCGAGACGCCCCCAGAGAGCGGCCGCGCGCGGGAGGGCGGCGCGGGAGGGAGCGCUGGGGUGCCCGAGCGCCCCGACGAACCCCGCGUCCGGAACCUCGGACCCCGAGCCCAGGAGCGCAGAGUCGGCGGGCGGGCAGAGGAAGGAGGAGGAGGCGCCCCAGCCGAGCCUGUCGCGUGCGCCCCGGUGCCGCCCGGCCGGCUGCUGCGGAGGGAACCGGAGCCGCCGGGCGGCCGGGACUCGGCCGAGGACAACGAAGAGGAGGCGGCCAGGAGAGCCGAGCGCCCGGGCAGCCCCGCGCCGGAGGCCCCCGGGAUCACGCCUGCUACGGGGCCGCGCUUCGUGCGCCUCUCGAGGAUUCCCUGUGAGGAGCCGCUGCUGGUGUGCCAGACCUCCUGGGGGCCGUCUGCCCGACUGCCCCUGACUCCGGCAGCGGGGUCCCCGAUGGCAGUGGGCACCUCCC